UGUAGGGAUUCUUGGAAACUUGAGGAAUACUGCUUAGUUGAUUAAAGCUGAAGGAGUUCCUUGCAGCAGAGUAAAUAAAGCUCAUGGCCCACCACCUAGAAAGUAACUUUGCCAUGAAAAAGAGGACGUGAUAAGUUGUUCAACUUAUGAAAUUCAAGUUAUAUGUGAAUUCUGCCAGGCAAUACAAGGACCUGUGGAAUAUGAGUGAUGACAAACCCUUUCUAUGCACUGCGCCUGGAUGUGGCCAGCGUUUUACCAACGAGGAUCAUUUGGCUGUCCAUAAACAUAAACAUGAGAUGACACUGAAAUUUGGUCCAGCACGUAAUGACAGUGUCAUUGUGGCUGAUCAGACCCCAACACCAACAAGAUUUCUGAAAAACUGUGAAGAAGUGGGUUUGUUUAAUGAGUUGGCAAGUCCAUUUGAGAAUGAAUUCAAGAAAGCCUCAGAAGACGACAUUAAAAAAAUGCCUCUAGAUUUAUCCCCUCUUGCAACGCCGAUCAUAAGAAGCAAAAUUGAGGAGCCUUCUGUUGUAGAAACAACUCACCAAGAUAGUCCUUUACCUCACCCAGAGUCUACUACGAGUGAUGAAAAGGAAGUACCAUUGGCACAAACUGCACAGCCCACAUCAGCUAUCGUUCGUCCAGCAUCAUUACAGGUUCCUAAUGUUCUGCUUACAAGUUCAGACUCAAGUGUGAUUAUUCAACAGGCCGUACCUUCACCAACCUCAAGUACUGUAAUCACCCAGGCACCAUCCUCUAAUAGGCCUAUUGUUCCUGUACCAGGCCCAUUCCCCCUUCUGUUACAUCUUCCUAAUGGACAAACCAUGCCUGUUGCUAUUCCUGCAUCAAUCACAAGUUCUAAUGUGCACGUUCCAACUGCAGUUCCACUUGUUCGACCAGUCACCAUGGUGCCUAGUGUUCCAGGAAUUCCAGGUCCUUCUUCCCCUCAACCAGUCCAGUCAGAAGCAAAAAUGAGAUUGAAAGCUGCUUUGACCCAGCAACAUCCCCCAGUUACUAAUGGUGAUACUGUCAAAGGUCAUGGGAGUGGACUGGUUCGAAAUCAAUCAGAAGAAUCUCGACCACAGUCAUUGCAGCAGCCAGCCACAUCCACCACAGAAACUCCGGCAUCUCCAGCUCAUACAACACCACAGACACAAAGUACAAGUGGUCGUCGAAGGAGAGCAGCUAAUGAGGAUCCUGAUGAGAAAAGGCGGAAGUUUUUGGAGCGAAACAGAGCAGCAGCUUCAAGAUGCCGACAGAAGAGGAAAGUCUGGGUUCAGUCUUUAGAGAAAAAAGCAGAAGACUUGAGUUCAUUAAAUGGCCAACUACAGAGUGAAGUCACCCUGCUGAGAAAUGAAGUGGCACAGCUGAAACAGCUUCUUCUGGCUCAUAAAGAUUGCCCUGUAACCGCCAUGCAGAAGAAAUCUGGCUAUCAUACUGCUGAUAAAGAUGAUAGUUCGGAAGACCUGUCAGUGCCGAGUAGUCCACAUACUGAAGCCAUUCAGCACAGUUCUGUCAGCACAUCCAAUGGAGUUAGUUCGACCUCCAAGGCAGAAGCUGUGGCCACUUCAGUCCUUCCCCAGAUGGCAGACCAGAGUAUAGAGCCUGCGCUGUCACAGAUUGUUAUGGCCCCUUCCUCCCAGUCACAGCCCUCAGGAAGUUGAUUAAAACCUGCAGUGCAACAGUUUUAGAUACUUACUAGUGACUUCAAAGAAAAAUCAAGGAAAGACCAGUUUUCAUUUAUGCGAAAUCUGUGGUUUUGAAAUUCAUUUUGUUUUAUUUUUUUUACUUGAAAUUAGAUUUGGCUCUAAAGGUGGUGUAGCACCAGUUGACGAUCAGACUGAAGUUUCUAGUUUCUUGGGGAAAAAAAAAGACUGAUUUUGCUUUUUUUUAAAAAAUAAAUAUUGUUAGAUUUAUUAAAUAUUCUGUGCUGAAUGUGUAAAUUGUAUUAUAAUUCAUUGUGGUUUAUUUCUUUUUAGUCGGUGGUAUUAUAAUAAAUGGGGGUGUUACUGAUCUCUAUUCCAACUUUUUUUUUUUGACCACCUCUUAACCCUCAACUGUGAUGAUGGUAAUGUUAUAUCAUUUAUACCAAAGUUCUGCAUUAUCCCUUUUGACUUUGUAAUGUUGACAAGGUCAUAACGCACUAGCAAGGGAAAGAUAGAAAUUUGCUUUUAAUCUUUUUGCCUUUUAUUUUGCACAUUAUGCAAAAGGGAAAGCAUAAGAACAUGUUGUAAGUGAAUGAAACAUGAUAAAAAGACUUACAGUGCAUUUAUGCACACUCUGAAACUAAAUCAAAAUCAGUAUAGUUUCUUUUUGUUAAGGUUUUAACUAGAUGCGAAUCUGGGGGUCCUUUAUCAUUUCAAAAAUGACUAUUUUUCAAGUCUUAAAUUCAAUAUUUUAAACCCAAUGUAUUGAAGUUAAUGAAAUAUGAAAUUAUAUAAUGUACGAAACAGGGUUAUCAGAUAUCUAAUGAGUUUUAUUAGGGUUUUUCGUUUUUGCAGAUUUCAGGUUACAAACUGAGAAGUUUAUGCAUCAUCAAGUAUGGUAUGGUUGCCAGAAAAAGCCUAAAUUACUACUUAGAAAAUUAAGAUUGUUUACCCCCAUUGUCUUGUACUUGCAAGCUAACUUGUACUUAUUCUUGUGAAAGCACUGUCAUCUUUUAGUAGCAAAUUUUGAUAAUGUUUCUCGUGGGGAAUAAAUCAGUAUCUAUCUUUAGAACAAUGUAAUUAUGAUGUGGGAAGCAAGAGUGAGUGAGAGAGUGUCUGUAUGUGUGUGCGCGUGUCUCGGUAGUUUAUUGCCAGCAAUCUUUGCUUGAAUGUUUAACGAUGCCUUCAGUGUGAUGCUGGCCAAUAGCUGAUUGCAGUUAAAAUGUCCUUACUGUUCAGGCUUGGAUAACUUAACAUUCCAUGGUGUAGCUUGUUUCUGAUGAGAUGACUGUAGGUACACUUUCUCAUCAUCCAGUCAUCUGUGGGAUACUGAGUUUUCUAACGUGCCCUUCUCUAUUUUUAUUCUGCGGUUAUGUUCAAAAUACAGUACAAUAUUUUAAAAUAGAUCAAAUUGUUAAAAAUGAAAAUUAAAAAACGUAGUAGAUGUGUGUAAGAAAACCUUGUAAAAUAGUUAUGAGUCUUACCCAGUAGCAACUUCUGGCAUUUAAGCAGGAUUCCAAUAUGUAAAUAUAUGUAAUGCAUUUAUAAUAAGUUGUGUGGUUUGUUCUGCAUCCAUACUACACUCUUCGCUAAAGUCUCAGUGCCAUCUCCUAAUGAGACUGACAUUUUAAAAAAACUGUAUGGAAUAUCCUUGACACUUAAAAGGAAUAUCCCACCUGCCUAAGUUUCAAACUGGGAAACAUUCGAAUUAUACAAAUGACAUUUCAGGAGUUUUACGUAUGAAGAGAAUAGGAAUUUUAUUGCUUGUCAUGUUUAAAAAACAACAUAUUUCAGAAAAUAAUUUUAAAUUACUUAAUUUUUUUUACCUUUAACUGAUUUUAUAAUUUUAAAUCAAUGUUUAAUCAUUAUUUUGGCCCUAGUUCUACUUAAGGAGUUGAUCUCAAAGGCACAAAAUAUGAAUUCUGCAAGAAGACUAUUUUUUAUUGUAGUUUUUGAAUGGAUUAGGAAAAGCCUCAAUUUUUCACUCUCUUAGAUCCUUUAAUGCAUUUUUAUUUCAUUCUAUUAUUUAUGCAAGUUAAAGUUCUUGAUAACAGGAGUUCUUACCACUGUAAAAUAAACUACAUAGAUGUAAGAAGUCAUGUAAACAGUUAAUGAGCUUACCACCAUUAGCAAAACUUUCAUUGUAAAUCAGUCUGUACUCAGCAAAUAAAAAUCAUUAUUAGUUGUAUAAACUCAGAUUACAUUUUGACUUUCAGGAUGUCACACUACUUCUGUACCUAGCAUUUCGGGUCCUUAUAUUUGCAAUGUUACACAAACUGUACUAUUUUCUUUCAUGUGCAGUUUGCAUGAGUAAACCAUCAGAGAAUAAAUUCUAUCUUUAAGUUA